GUCCUCACGCCGACCCUAUACCCGCAUCUUCGACGAUAGCUAAAGCAAGUGGCAUCCCGCGAGAGAGGGGUCAGGACCAGGCUGGUCGCCCAGCGACGCCACCAUGGCAGCUCCAUCCAACAACCAGCUGCGCUCACGCAGGCCGGCACCCGCGAGCCAGGCGUCUUCUUCUUCCGCCUCGGAGAUGAUCGGGAACUUCAAGCGCCUUGAGCACAUCGGCAAAGGCAGCUUUGCGGAGGUCUAUCGUGGCAUUCAUGUCGAAAAGCGCCAGUCUGUCGCCAUCAAGUCGGUCAACAUGAGCAAGCUGAACAAGAAGCUCAAAGACAACCUCGCAUCCGAGAUCUCCAUCCUACGCAGCCUGCUUCAUCCGCACGUCGUUGCUUUGAUCGAUUGCCAUGAGACGCCCUCACGGAUGCAUAUAAUAAUGGAAUUCUGUGAGCUAGGGGACCUGUCGUCGUUCAUCAAGAAGCGUGCCGAUCUUGUAAACCACCCAUCGACCCAGCGCAUGAUCGAGAAAUAUCCGAAUCCAGACGUAGGAGGCUUGAAUGAAGUGAUAGUUCGACAUUUCGCAAAGCAGACGGCCAGCGCCCUGGAGUUUCUCCGGUCCAAAAACUACAUCCAUCGUGACCUGAAACCGCAAAAUCUACUCCUAAACCCGUCGUCCAUGUUUUACUCCCAGAGUGGGAUCCUUGAUCGCAUGCCCCUGGCUGCCUCCGCCAAUUCGCUGAUCCCUGCCGCCGGUGUAGAAUCUCUGCCCAUGCUCAAGAUUGCUGAUUUCGGAUUCGCUAGGAUUCUGCCCAACACUUCCCUUGCUGAGACGCUCUGCGGUUCGCCGCUUUACAUGGCCCCGGAGAUUCUGCGAUACGAAAAGUACGACGCGAAGGCUGAUCUGUGGUCUGUAGGCACAGUUCUGUUCGAGAUGAUGUGUGCCAGGCCGCCAUUCCGGGCAAACAACCACGUGGAGCUUCUCAAGAAGAUUGAAGAUCGCAAAGACCAAAUCAGAUUCUCAGAAGGUCUCGUCGCUAGUAGGGCAAUGAAAAACCUGAUUCGCGCCUUGCUCAAGCGCCAUCCCCUGGAACGCAUGUCCUACGAAAGCUUCUUCUCGGAUCCGGUCAUUCGCGAGGAGAUUCCCGGCCUAGUCGAUGAAGAUCUCCCGCAAUCGGCGUCGCAAUCCAUCGCGCCAGAGCCCAUCGCGGAACCUAAGCGAGCACCAAAGACGCCCGUCGAAAUGGAGCGACGAGCUUCAGAGAGUCCGUACUCCCAGUCACCCAGAGGAACCAACUAUGGCACGACACCACCCCCUCGGCCUAGCUCUCGUCCAUCUUCUGGUCAGUUCACUGCGGCUCCUCUUCGGCCUUCUUCUUCCGCUCGACGGAUGAGCAACACUCCGCAAUCACCCGUUGAGCAGCAUCCUUCGCAACGCGAGCAACGAAGGCCCAGCCUCACUAACGCUGCUACUGCACCGGGUCGAACAGCAACCCUGCAUGACCAAGUCGUGGACCCUUCAUAUGCUGGAAGCAGGCGUCGCGUGUCUCGCGAGGAGGUGCUUCCUCCGCCCUCCGGCUUGAAAGAGCACCUCGAGCGUGAGCGGAUGCCACAGCGGCCAGAAGUAGCUAUGAGGGAAGCUGCGGAGCGGGCUGCGCAGGACACUGCUAUUGACGAGGGCUUUGUCUUCGUCGAGAAGCGACGAGUGGAAAUCGAUGCUCUGGCGGAUGAGAUAGCAGCAAGCCCGCAAACGGCAAGAGACCGUAACAUCACGAGGGAGACUCUAAUGAAGCGCCGAGCGACAACCCAAGGCUCGCCGACAUCCACCACAGGCGCAACCGUACCUUCGAGGGCGAUUCAAAUCCAGCAAAAGCAGACGGCCGUACACCAACGGACUGGCUCGUAUGAACGUCGCUAUCGGCCAAGUUUCGAAAGCGCGACCUCGGCACUGUCCAAAGCCAUGAACAUGGUCAACAUUCGAGGACUCGGGCUCUCGCCGCCAAUGAUGAAGGGUGCAUCUCCGCCCCAAGGUUACGCAGGCUUCCCUGUUUAUCCCACAGCUCAGAGCAGUCUCUUGCUCGUAGGAGAAAGUGGAAAGAUCGCAGACAAGAGCGAAGACGCUGCGAUAAUCAAGCAGAUUGAACAGCUUGCUCAACUUAGUCACGUCGUGUAUGGUUUUGCAGAAGUCAAGUACAAGCAACUCGUACCGGUUGCGCCAAGCGAUAAAGGUCUUGGCAUCGGAGCAAGAGGCGUCAGGAGGGCGAACAACGACGAGCUCGAAGACGACGAAGAUGACGACCUGACUCCGGAUACAAUCUUGGUGAUCUCUGAAGAAGCGUUGGUACUCUAUGUCAAAGCCCUCGGAAUGCUCAACAAAGCCAUGGACAUCACCGCGAGCUAUUGGAACCGCAAUGGCCGUGGCCCGGCUUCUGAAGGUAGCAAUCGAGCGGCAACGAACACCGAACGCUUCCAGGACGUAGUCAAAUGGCUUCGCGAUCGGUUCAACGAGUGCUGCAUCAAGUCAGAGAUUGUUGCGCGCAAGCUGAAGCAGGCACAGAUCCUGCUUCCGUCCGAUCAUCCAAGCCACCCCGCCAAUCGAUCGACGGCGUCCGGCUCCGCGACCACCGUCGGCUCUGCUGACAACAUACUUCUUACAACAGGCGUGACGGCGGAGAAGUUGAUGUAUGAUCGCGCUCUUGAGAUGAGCCGAACUGCAGCCGUGAACGAACUGGUUGGAGUCGAUCUUCCCGGCUGUGAUUUGAAUUACUGGACUGCCAUCUUGAUGCUGGAGGCGAUCCUCGAAGAUGAAGACGAGUCGUCAAGCCAGAAGCUUGGCAGCGAAGAGCUUGACGGUCUUGAGAAUGACGACCGACAAGCUAUCCAAAAGCUUCUUGAAGGCAUGAAAGCUCGUCAUGCGGCACUCAAGAAGAAGCUGCAGUUGCAAAAGGCGCAGAAACGCGCAUCCAUCACCAGCGCGCCUACACCUCAUUCAGCUACCCGCAGCUCGCCUUCAUCGCAAGGCGCCGUGCGGUGAUUUAUCGCUCUCGCAAGAAAGAUGUCCGUCGUUGAAUACUGUUUCCCAUCUCUGCAUUUAGCAUUUUGUUUCGCAAGCAUUGCAUCUUCAGGC